AUGAAAGUUUUAUAUAUUUUAAUAGGGUGCUUUAUUAACUAUUUACAUUCAAAGUGCAAUGAAUUAUAAUCACAACCUUAUAUUGCUUGUUAAUAAUUCUCAUAAAGUUGUUAUAUUUUCGAAGGAGAUGUUGAAAAUUAUUACGAACUUCUACAUGUGAAUUAUCAAAUUGUAGAAGAGUCAUUCUACAUUCCAUAUUAGCAAGAGCCAAUUUUAAUAAGAGUUAUCAAUUCCUUGAAUCAAAAGAAAAUACAAGAAAGGUUAAUGUGCUUCUUGUUUGUUAACCUCGAAUAUUAUAUCACUUGUAUGGGCUUUGAUUUAAUUUAUUAUGAGGAAUAAACUAAUUAUAGUGAAUUAUUUAGAAUAGAUACUAAAAUAUUAGCUAGUGAACUCUGUGAUGAAUUGUAUACCAAUGAAGAUGGUAGUUUGAGUUUAUUUUGUCUCAGUUCAUCUACUCUAAAAUAAUAUUCCUUGCAUUUCAAAAGGGAUGUGACAUUAACUUGGGAGCAUGAUGUGACAAAACAAAGAUAGGAUGCAUGUAAAAAAAAAUAGAGUAAGUGGAAAGAAAAUUAACAUUUAAUAUUAUUUUAUCAAUGCUCUAGUUGGAAACUUAUGGUAAUAGAAAAUAAUCAAGUUUAAACGAUAUUAGAAGCUUAAAUGAAAUAUUAUGACACUUCGAUAUCAAGCCUCUCUUACAUUGAUGCUGUGACUGUUUAUGAAACUAGUGAUACAAUUUCUAUUAUUUAUUUGAUAGAAAAUGAUUUUUAUGUGUAAUUGUAGCUGAACAAAAUUUCAAAGAGUAUAAUAGAUUACUCAUUAAAAUAACAAAAAAAAAAUCGAAUUCAAAAAAUAGUAUAACACAGAUAUUCAAAAAUGGUUUUAUCCUACUAAUCAAAUAAAACUGAUUCAUAACCACUUGAAACCGAAAUCAUACUUGAUCAACUUUAUCCUACUAAUAAUAUUCACUUUUAUUAAAAUCUUCUUUUCCUUUAGAACUAAUUUGAAUUAAAAGUGUUAAUUAAUACUCGAAUUAAUUAGACAUAUCAAAUUUUUAAUACUUCAUUGUAAUUUUUUGAUAUGACUAAUUUAUUCUGUUAAUAUGAUUAGACCAAAAAGGUUAUAUAAUUUUAUAAAUAUUAAUCGUUGAGUUUUCUUAUUAAACCUAAGUUGAAGUACAUAUAUGUAAUUCAAAAAAGGAAUUUGUUCAUAAGAGAUAAAGUUAUGGACUGUUUUAGAAUUUUAUACUAAAAUAAUACUAAAGUGUAAACAUCCUAAUACAAUGAGUUGCUAAAUAUCAAAAAUAAUUGUUAAGAUAAGUACGAAAUAUUAUGGGAUUGCUAAACUUAGUCCCUUUAAAAUAAUACUUACAAUUUAUAUAGUAGUGAUGGCAAUCUUUAGGUAAGUAUCAUUAAUAGUAAAGACUUUAAAAAUGAUUGUUUAUCAAGGCUUUAAAAAAUUUAUUUAAAAGAAAAGUUUUAGUUAAGAGAAAUAAUAAAAGGAUACAUAUGUUUUCAAUAUGAAUCAUUUUUUUAUAUCUAUGAUUGUGAACUACAUUAAUUUUCAGUUUCAAUUAACUUAGAUUAAUAUCAAGUACAUGAGUCUAACAUAGCUAUUUAUUUUAUGAACAGAAAUAAUAGUAAAGUUUUGAGAGGAGUUGAAUUUUCAAAAGGUUUUAUUUAAAACUUCAAUAUAAAAUUCAAUGAAGUGAUUACAAGCGUGAAGCAAUUUUAAUAAAGUAUAUUAAUUUAUACAAACAGCUCUAAUAUGCCUCUUUUUAUAUUAAUGCAGGCUUAGCAAUAUACAUUAAGCAAUUAUCUAUCAAAAAAUCUGUUUUAACCUGGACCUAUUCUCUUUUAUUUUGAGUUUGGAUUAUAAAAGUUUAUUCAAUAUGAAAAGCUUUUAGCCACCCAAUAUAAAGAAAAUUUAGGAUAUUAUCAAUUCACUGACUAAUUAAUUAUUUCUAUUCAAACUAGUUCUACAAGUGAGUGUCACUUUAUAGUUGCAAUAUAAAACUCAACUAGAUCUUUAAUUCUAAAUUAUUUUUAUGAUUAAUAAUUACAUCAAAUUUCAAAUUACACUUUUGAGGCUUAUUCCUUUUAUUAUCCUUUUAAGUACAAAAUAACUACCAAAAACAUAGCAAUUUUAAUUGAAUAAAAUAAUUUACUCUAUAUUGCCAUUUUUUCGUAUAAUGGAUUCAUGUUAUCAUUAAAUGAAAUUAUUGAAACUGAUGAUUUCUUUUUUUAAUUAGAGACAUAACACAUAUUGUUUUCCUUGAAUAAAGUAUGGAGGUAUUUAUACAUUAAAACAUAUUUUGUGGAAUUAUAUCUAGAAAAACCUCAUUAAAAAGUUUUGUUUUCAAACUUUUCAAUAAACUUAAAACAGGAUGUUUAACUACAGAUUUCGAUUGAAAAUUAAUGCUUUUAGUUACACUCUGUCAUGAAAUCAUCUAUAAUUGAAAUUCUAGAUAAUAAUAGUUUAAAAUUAAAUAUAUCUGAGAUUUUUUAUGGUCCAAUCAGUAAUUUGACUCUCUUAAAUAAUUCAAAUAUUAUUUUGAAGGGACCUUUUUAAUUUAAGUAGACACUUAAAAUUUGUAAAGAUUAAACCUCAACAAUAUGUUUGAGAGAAUAUAAAUUUAACAACAUAUAUUUUACAGUAUUUGUUAAGGAAAAUUAUAUUUUUGAAGUAAUUGAAAGAAAUUCAUUAUAUGAUUAAUUUGUAUUUUGGAUAAAAUAGUAAAAUUAUCUUUAUAUUUCAUUCUUAGUUGAUAAAUUAAUUAUUGAAUUAAUUGAAUGUUCCUACAAUUAAAGUGGAUAUUGUAAAAUAAUCUCAAAUUUGGAUGAUAAUUUCAAUUAUUUUAAUUUUGGAGAAAUAUUAAGAGUUGGUAAUUUAUUAAAAAUCAAUGGUAUAAACAAUAAAGCUUUUAUUGUUAUUGAUGAUAUCAAUUUUAAUAUAUAAUUUUUCCCUGGUUUUAUAAUAGAUAUCCAAUAUAUUGAAAAAUCUAAUAAUUAAUAUCUCAUCCUAUAUAUUAAUGAGGAUUCAGAGGAUUUAGAAUGUUCUAUAUACUCGAUCAAUUUACAUCAGAAAUAAUAGAUAUACUCAUUUGUAAUUAAUCAAACACAUUAUGCAAAAUUGAAGUAAAAACUAAGCCUUUUUUAAAGAAUGAAAUUAGUCUCUUGUAGAUAUUCUGGAGAUUUGCUUAAUGUUAAACUUCUCAUUGUGGGUUAAUCUUUAGCAUAACUAUUUUUGUUAAAUUUAGAUUAAUAGAAGAAUUAAAUUGAAUUCUAAUUGUUUCACACGUUUAGAAGUUCGAUUGGUAUUGAAAUUAAUGAUUUUAUGAUUGAGUAUAUAGAUGAUUCUAUUUUGGUUUUAAAGUAAGCUGAGAGUAUUAUCUCUCAAUUUUAUGAAUUUGAAGAUGAAAGAAAGAUUUAUGACUAUUUUCAUAAAUCUGCAUUUUCAAUGAAAAUACUCAGAUUAAAUACUACUCAUUUAAUUUUCUAUGACUAAUUUUAUAUAUAAUUAGGAAUAAUUGGAUAUGAGUUAGAAUUAUAAUAUUGUGAUGAAAAUGAAUAAAAUUUUUAAUUGCUCGCCUAAAAUGAAAUAUCAGAUGAAAAGGUAUUAAUGUAAAUAAAAAUUAAAAAAAAUUAGUAGCUUAUAAAUAGUAUUUUAGGAGUUUAAAUAUCAUGCUUUGUUUUCAUACUUAUAUACACAAGAAACAUAAAAUCUAAAUCUAGGAAUCGAAACCAAAAUAGUCGAUUAUGAGUUAAAUCUGUUUUUGUAAAAAAUUUAAUAAUUAUAAAAAAAUAAAAUGAUGUUUCAUUUUUAAAUUAAAAAAUUGAAGGGCUAACAUUUUCCAUUUCAAAUGCUCUAAUUGUUAUGGGAAGGUGGCUGA